UCUAGUCUUGUGUAGUUCGCGAACGAUGAAUGAUUAGGAAACGUAUCUUCUAACUGUACGAAAAGAAAUGUGUCCGACCACAGAUUGCUAAUCGGUCAGUCGGUCUAUUAGUUCGCGUAGCGUUCCGUUCCGUACGCAUACGAACGACCGGGAGCGAAAGAAAGAGACAAAGGGUACUAUUUUAUAACUGAAAGAAAGAGAGGGAAUAGGAAUCAGAUCUGUUAGGGAGUAAGCCGUUCGUGAAUGAUAAUAUUACCGACCGACGAAUUCGUUAUUGUAAUGAAUGUUAUGCCAAUGCUAUAAGGCCUAUUUUACCUUAUUCUCUAUAAAAUCACCUAGACUCGUGAGUGUCGCGGUAAAGUUUGAAUGGUGUGUAUGACACUAGCGAUUGAACAUUGUUUCGCGCCAUUUUCAAUCGCAGUGAAAAGUUUGUAAAAAUUUUGCUGUGAAUAAUUUUGCUGAUAAUUUUGCUUUCGCUUGAUUAUGGGACGCUUGCUACUGUUUUUUUUUAUUGCAUAAGUGUUUGUGUGUGUACGUCUGUGUACGUCGUGUAAGAGUAAGAGAGAGUACUAUAGUGAUUUUUGUAUUUAAUUUUUUGAUUGGCUUCUAACAAUGUCUCAAAGACGACCAAAAAGAAGCAAUUUAUGGUUUCAUUUUAAGGAAGGGGUAAACGAAGCUGUCUGUGAAUAUUGUUCUACGAAACUUAGUACCAAAAGUGGUUCAUUGGGGAACCUAAAAAGACAUAUGGCCACUAAACACCCGACCAUAUCUUUGGCCGUACAGCGCCAACCUGCUGCUGACGUAGAAACGCCACAAAACAGUACUGCUUUAUUAUCUAACACAGAUUCAGACGCACCAGCCACAUUAACAUUACGACAGCCUGUUAAUGUGCCAUUAAUAACCAAUUUUAUAAGACGACCUCCAUCUUCACGUAAAACUGACCUCAUUGACAAACAGGUGGUAGCCAUGGUGACUAAAGGUCACCAUUCAUUAAGAAUGGUGGAGGAGCCGGAGUUCAGGAAGUUAAUUGACAUGGUUUCUACUUGCCCGGGAUACCAACUGCCCACAAGAAAGACUUUUUCACAGUCACUUAUACCUAAAACCUACAAAGAGGUAUUUGAGGCAUGCCUUCAAAAUAUUAAGGAAGCUCACGCAAUAUGCCUUUGCACUGAUGGGUGGACGUCCAGCGCCAAUCAAAGUUACAUAGCCGUCACAGCUCAUUACAUUGACAAUAACACAAAACUAAAAUCGAUUUUACUAGGUUGUAUCAAUUACAAUGAGAGGCACACCAGUGCCAAUUUAACUGCAUUUAUAAGGCAAAUCAUACAAGACUGGCAGAUCACGAAUAAAAUAUGUUGCAUUGUAAGUGACAACGCUGCAAAUAUUUUAUCAGCGGUUAGAUUGGGCGAAUGGCGCUCCGUAGGCUGCUUCGCUCAUUUAUUAAAUCUUGUUGUUCAAGAUAGCUUAAAAACUGUUGCAGGAGUCGUCAAUAAGGUUAAAGCUGUGGUAGAUUUUUUUAAGAGGAGUGCUCAAGCACAAGCUAAACUGGAAACAGCACAGAAGCAAAUGAAUUUGCCCCUUUUAAAAUUAAAACAAGAAUGUCCAACUCGAUGGAAUUCUUGUUUUGAUAUGCUUGAACGCAUACUUAAAAUAAAAGAUGCAGUUAUUAGCACAAUAGCCCUAACACGUAGUGACCUCAACAUCCAAACCGUAGAGUGGGAUCUCAUCAGCAAAAUUGUACCAAUUCUCCGACCGUUUUAUGAGGUGACUUUAGAAAUAAGCGCCGAACAAAAUGUGUCUCUAUCAAAAGUCCUUAUAUGCACAAAAUUAUUAUCAAAACAAAUAGUACAGCAGAUAAAUACAAACCAACACCCUGACAUAGCAGUUUUUUUAAAUAGGCUUAACCAUAAUGUGAAUGCCCGUUUCCGAGAUUUUGAAUCUAAUACAUUAUAUGCCGAUACAGCCAUCCUCGAUCCACGCUUCAAGCAAAAAGCUUUUCGCACUCCAGAAGCAUACAGGAGGGCGAUCGAAAAUUUAAGACGUAGGGUUGCAGAAGUUCGCAUACAGGUCCCAAUCACUCCAAUCGUCGAUGUCCAAGAACAGCUUCCCCCGGAAGAACCUGUCCAAUCAAGUUCCAGCAUUUGGGAAGAGUUUGAUGUGGAGAUGAGCCGGACGACACGUCCAGAAUGUUCUGUAGCAGCUGGGAUAAAAGAACUCGAUAAAUACCUGCUUGAGGAACCACUUAAUAGGAAAGAGGACCCAUUAAAGUGGUGGCAUAGCCGCAAACAUAUAUAUCCUCAUUUAUAUACUGUUGUGCUAAGUAGGCUUUGCAUCCAAGCCACGUCUGUUUCGUGCGAAAGGGUGUUUUCAAGUGCUGGGCAAGUUAUUAGUGAUAGACGAAGACUAUUGAAGCCUUCAAAAAUCACCCAAAUGCUUUUUUUAAAUCAUAACAUGUAAAUAAAAAGAGUAAAAAAAAGAAAAUAAAAAAACAAAAAAAAACAAAAAAAAAAAAAAAAAAAAAAAAAAAAAAAAAAGUAAACAAAAAA